UUAGAGCCUUAACAGACUCCGUAGUUAUUUACAUCAUGGUGGCAUCCAAAGGACAAGUUGGUUAAUGUAGCCAAAACACGGCAGGCAAUUCGACUAUUUAAAAUGAAGCAACAGUAAUUACUUUUUCAGCAUUUCAGGAAGCGAACAGUGCAAAAUGGGUUUGUUAUGGCUACUGUCUGGUGCCACGUGUAACCGCUCGUGUUUUAUCACUCAACGAAUCUUAAAUGUUGCACAAUUGAGGACUCUCAGGACAACCGCGAAGAAUCACUUGAAGCAACAAGAACGACCCAAGUGGAUGUGUAACUCUUCGAUUUACAUACCACAGACCUUGCCACCAUGUCAGCCUUAUCCUAGAUGUCUAAUGGGUCGAUGGAUAACAUUGAGAAGCGUGUGUCAGUUAAAUAUAAGGCAACUGUGCACCUGGUCGAGAAAGGGUCAUGGACGAUGGAUUGACACCGUCAGUAACGACUUAAGAAAGGGACUUUCCACCUUUUCCACAAACACAGCUGUUGCCAAAGACGUUGUCUUGUUUGAGCAUGAUCGAACCAGAUUCUUUAGAUUUCUAGCUCUCUUCUGUGGGGGGCAGUUACUUUUCUGGACAUAUUUAGCCCAUUUUGCCUUCACUGGGUUGCGAGACACGCGGGGGGGCGGUAGUGAGGCAAGGAAGGUUAGAACUGAACUAGGAGGAUGGUUUAGUUUCGAUAUGAAUUUAGGAUCGAAUGCGUGGAGGUUUGGAUUUACCGUAGGAUGUAUUACGAUAGGUGCUGGAAUAGUUGGACUGGGCCUUCUGUUCUCCCGUCGCUCCGUCAGCCGCGUGAUUCUGCACCGCGGUGGCGGGAUGGUGACCGUGUGCACGCAGUCACCCCUGGGGCCUAGUAAAGGCAGAAGCAUGACCAUGCCUCUGUCUCAGCUGGCCUGCCACGCGCACAGGCACGAGUCCCCUUCUUUCAUCCCCCUCAAGGUCAAAGGUCACCAAUUCUACUUCCUGUUGGACAAGGAGGGGAAAAUCAACAAUGUGAAACUUUUUGACGUCACUGUUGGAGCAUACAGACCUCUUUGAAAGUUGAAUAUAUGCUUUUGUGACCCCCAAAAGACUACAGGCCGAUACUGAAAGUGUGAGGGUACACUUUUAUAACUCAGAUGCAGCCUGCGGAACACAAUAUUUGGUCUUUUGAGAAUUGUUAUCUGUAUCUUGUGGUCAUGUGUCUGUUGGUGUGUCAUCAUCCUAAAAUAAAACUGUUGGUUUUGAUGAUGCUGCAAGACACACAGGUAAAUGCAAGAAAUGGCAUUAAUCUCUGUCUUCUUUUUUAAUCUUAUUCAGAACAGACAGAAGUGUCGUAUGAGUUGAUUGGGCAGUUUUUGCAACAAAUGGUGUCUAGUGGUAAUGUUGCUUAAAUUUACCCCACAACUACACUCUUUUCAACAGUCUCUUAAAAUCAUCAUGGUAGGUAUGAGGUACUAUGAGCCUGAGGUUUGGUUAGUAUGUAACAAUAUGUAACCUACUUGCAUGAUAAGUACACUGUAUUAAAAUCCUCAAUUACCCAGCUGA